GCGAUAAUGUUGUGUGUCUGUGCUCGUGAGAGGAAGCAAUCAACCAAUCAACCUCAUUAGCCUCUGGCGCCGGAGCUACUCGCUUCGUCACCCUUAAGCGGUUAAUUGAUUAUUAGGACCCGUUUAUUGGUUUUGACCGUGCUAAUAUGGAAGAAGACUUAGCCGAAGACUUGGACUGUCCGAGCCUUCUGUGUGAGGAACUGGAGGAUCUGGAAACAAAGAAUGAACAAGGGAGGGUGAAGAGGAAUAGAAGAGAAGAAGAGGAGGAAGUGUUUAAUGAGAGGGAGGUUGAAGAGGCAAGAGAGGAGGCAGAGCAAGAUGGGAAGGAGGGGAAGGAGGAUAAAGAACAGAAAUUGUCUGAAAGGGAUCGUAUGGUAACAGAAGGAGAAGAGGAGGAGCAGGUGAAGACAGGGAGUAGGAUGGAAGUGGAGGAGGUGCAGAAGGAAGACAAUGAGAACAAGAACAACCAGGAAACAGUUUCUGAUGAGCACCAUAGUAAAGAAACAAAACGUUUAGAGGAGAAAGAGGAGCAGAAAAAGAGUAGGAAGAGGCGAGGCAGGAAGCAAGGUGGACGAAUGAGAAACCGCAGAGGAGUAAAAGAUGGUAAGGAGAGGCUGGAGGAGGAGAAGAAGAAGAGUCAGGUACAGGAGGUGUCAGCGAUGAGCUCAGAUGAGAGCUCUGCACUGUCGGAGCCUUCCUUUGGACUAGUGAACAGUAGUGAUUUGUCCAACCCCAUCUAUCUUGGCUGUGGGGGAACAGGCAUGUAUUGUCCCCCAGUUCCCAUUCCACUGCUGUACUCCUCACAACCUCCAGUCCCGAUUCAACCUGCACCGGCUCAGCCUCAGGGAACAAAACGGCCUCACAGCCCUCUUCUGUCUCGCAGUGUCCCCCAGCAGGGACCGCAGCCUGUUGAGAUGGAGAUAACCCAGGUUUACUCCACCCGACGCUCCAUUCGCUACAGCACCAGAGGCCGAGGCCAGGCCCUCAGUUUCCCUCUGCUGGCAGGGUUAGAGACUGUGGACUGUGGCCUGCUGCCACCUGCACCCAAGAAGAAAACACGAACACUCUACAGUACUGAUCAGUUGGAGCAUUUAGAGGGCCUGUUCCAGGAGGACCAUUAUCCUGAUGCAGAGAAGAGGAAGGUCAUUGCAGCCUCAGUUGGAGUCACACCUCAGAGGAUAAUGGUCUGGUUUCAGAACCGCAGGGCUAAGUGGAGGAAAGUGGAGCGCUCCAUCACAGCGAAGGGAGAGCACAGACAGAGCAGAGCUGGGUGCAGCAGCCUCAGCAGCCCCCCACAUCUCCAAAUUAAUCCCACACUGCCCACUCUGGCACCUAAUAGUAAUGGAUCUUCCUGUUUUCCUGGUCACUUUGCCAGCAAACUGCCCCAGCUUGCCCAUGCAGCACCUUCUUUCCCGACCCUGUCUAACCAGACCUCAACCUCCUUCAACAACCUGCUGGCCAGCCCUGGUCAGUCCAGAGUGAGAGAUGGGAGCCAGCUUUCUGCUCAGGGAGGGUUAACGGAGUACCAUCCCCGUCCCAUGCACAGCCCUCCUCCUUUGCGGCGAGCCAGUCUUCCCCUUUUCAAUACAGCGUACAACCCCGCCAACCCCACUCCACCUCUCCUUAACACACCGGCUCCAACACCACCUCUGAUUGUCGAUUCUCUGGAGGGCGGCUCCACCUUAGCUCACCGUGACACGCAAUCUCUGCAGACUGACAUCAGUUCUCUGUUUGACUUUGGGGAGAAACUCGACUAUCUGACGUCCAGCCAGCAGAGCAACAGUCUCUCUUACCCGCUUCAGACCUCCUUCUCCACCAGCCAACCACAGCACCAAGCUCAAGCAGCUCUACCUCGCAUGGCUUACCUCACCCCGUCCCCCUACCUCACCCCAAACCCUCCAGAUUCCAACCCUACCUCUUACCUGACCUUUGGCCCCGGGGGAAACUCCACAGGUGUGGUGACAUACUCCACUGGAGGCCACGCCUACUUCCAGUCCCAGAGUAGUGGACAAAUCCUGCUGCAGUCCACUGGUCAUCAUGGAGGGAUCACAGCGCAUCAGUCAUACCCGUGGGGUAGCAUGUUCAGUCAGCCAGGUGUGCACCAGCGUACUCGAUGUCCUUCAUCUUACCCUGCCAGCAUGGGUGCUGCUAGAGACCAUCAGCCACCCUCCUCCACCGCCCUGCCUCCCCCUGUAUUCUGUCCGCAGGGGGAUCUCGGGCUCUUACAAGCAAACUCGCAGCGCUCAUCACACACCACCACCAGUAGCAGCAGCAGCAGCAGUAGCAGCAGCACCAUCCUUCCACCUGUGUCCACACUGCGUCCCCCACACUUCAGAGCAGAGAGCACACCAACCAAGGUGGCAUCUCUGUUACCUUCUCAGGUCAGCCCUGCAUCACCAGAAAGCCCUCCAGUGCCCCCUUGUGUCAAGAUUGAGUAUGAGAGCCCCCGAGAGAUACACAGUCACUUCCAAUGUGACUUCUCCUCCAUACAUUUUUGAAUGCAUGCUUGUGUGUUUAAAGAGUUUUUUUUUUUUUUCUUAAAUAGUAAUGUAGUAUUGCGUGUAUGCAUGUGUAUAUAUAUAUAUAUAUAUAUCUAAAUAUAUGUUAACAUAUAUAGACGGAUGUAAAACAUGUUAAUGUCCGCAGGCUCAUUUGUGCUGCACUUAGCUGGGCUAUAAUAAAUGUUUGUUCUGUAAAGGUUUUAUAUUUCUCCAUUUAAUCUAUUUCGAUGGUGUGGGUGUAUGUAUGGGGUGAGAAGAAGGGUGAAGUUGUGUUAAUGGGUAUUGUAUUUUAAAAGUUUAGAAUAUAGAGUUACCCAGAAACUUAAUUUGAUUCAGGUUAAGUAAAUUGUAAAUAUACAGACACAUAUAGUGAGCCAGUUCAGUCCACUGACUGGUUUAGUACUGGUUAGUACAUUAUGCUUAUGAUGUGCUGUUGUUUAAAGAAGUUAAUUGUUGUGAACCCAGAAAUAACACAGUGUUGAGGAUAUUUGAAUCACAGCACAGAUUAAUAGGCAGAGUAUUUAGUGAUUUUAGUGGAAUUCAAGUGUAAAUUAUAAAAACUUCCAAAUUGUUGAUCCAUCCGUUUGCUCGUGACUUUAUUGCAACCUUAACUGAAACCUGGUAACAGUCCAUAAAGUCCAUAUACCAGAUUGUGAGAUCCUUUGAUUGACAUAAGAAUCUGAACCCUGCCUAAUAUAUGCAUAUGACUCAUUUUGGAUGUGUCUGCAGAUGUUUAGACCACACGGGGGCACUGCGCUUCAGUGUGUGAUGACUGCGUACUGGAAAGUACUUGAUGGUUUUCAGUUACAGAUGGAGCAGCUGUAUGAGACUGUUUUUAAACCACUGAAGGCGGAUAAAGUCUGUUGUUUCUGAGGUAGAAGUAUCCCAGAUGACAUUGAAUAUAGCUCAAAACCUUGAAUCUAUGUUGCUAUCUGUUGUGCCUACAUAUUUACUGCACUUUCUGCUGAUUUUAUUCUUUGUAUGCAGAUCAGUUGAAGGGGUUAGAUGAAACUUAAUCCCCACACGAAACUCCAUCUGUAAAAGAGCUGAAGGCAUUUUCCUGAGACUCGAACAGACCGUUGGGACCUGUGUGUCAUUUUCCCUCUCAGUUGUCAAAGUAAAACAAAGUUUUUUCUUAUAACUCUAUUUAAUAUUUCCGGUUCAUAGUCCUGCUGUAUAUAAAAGUGUAGUUUGAAGUGAAGCACGGAGGAUGUGGGCGUCAGAGAAGGAAUUGUUUGAUGAGAAUGAGAAGGAGGUGGCAGGGACCUGGGGAGCAGAUAAAGGAGAAGGUAGACAGAGGAGUGAGGCAGUGUUGGCGUUGGGACA